AUGCCCAUAGUCACUAGCAGCAGCCCCGACCUCCAUUGCUGGUCGCACAAGCACAAUGCCGGGGACACGAUCGCCUUAAAGGAUGGGAACCACAUUCCCACCGUCGCCUCUGGCACUUGGAGACGCGGAAAUGGAAAGGAAGCAAUCGAGAAUGUCAGCAACGCCGUAUCGAUACUGCGCAAGCACAAGUACGCCAUUGAAGCGGAGGCCGGGGCUCCUCUCCGCUCAGGUGGACUGCGGCUCUUUAUCACCACGAAGUUCUCCAGUGGCGCGGACAUCGAUACGUCCGUACGGAACAGCUACGAAGCGCAUGCGAAGCCGGACAUACCGACGAUUUGGAAGAAGAUGGAAGCAAUGAAAAUUGUCUGCGUUGGCGAAGAGCAUCGGCGUCAGCAAUCUCAAUGGGUUAAUCACCUGAAGACAUUGUUAGAAUCUACGAGACUUAGGCCUGCUGCCAAUCAGAUCAUGAUCCACCCGCAAGUUAUGCAUCUCCAAGCACCAAUCGUCGAGUUCUGCCAGAAGGAAGGUAUAACCGUCGAAGAGCAAGUCCUCGUGGCGUGGUCGAAGCUAAAGAAUGCCGUGGCAGUCACGUAUGUAAGACGGCAUGAUCAGAAAGCGGUAUACUUAUGA